UUUUUCUCGAGCUACAUAGGUACACUUCCCACAGCACUACCUAGGUAUUGCAACGAGCAAUCACACUACAUAAGGUAGGUUGGUAUAUAAUGUACCUACCUUGAAGUUCUCAGUUUAAGCAGAUCUUUUAUAUCCAUAUUUUCCAUCAAAUCGAAGCGAUCUCACAUCAAGGAGACAGGUGAUCCCCGCGGAAGAACAUAACUUGCAGGCCGCCGAAAGACAGACCACCGAAAAAAAAAAGUUUUAUAACAAUGAAAGACGAAGACCUCUGCAAAGCAUCCUACUGGGACGAGCGAUACGCGCAAGCACAGACUAACAACGCCGGCUGCGAAGGCGGCGACCACAGCAACAGCAAUGACAAUGCCGGUCCAACGCACGAAUGGUUCAAAGGCUUCGACAGUCUCAAGCAGCCGUUCCUGGAUAAAUACCUGAUUGGGCGGUGGCCGCCGGAGAAGUAUUCGGAUUUGAGGAUUCUGCAUUUGGGGAGUGGUGAUAGUACCGUCCCAAUCGAAUUACUUGCACUCGGCUACAAAUCUCAAACCUGCAUCGACUUUUCAUCCGUGGUGAUUUCCAAAAUGGCCGCGCAGCAUGCCGACAAGGACGGUAUCCAAUGGGUUCAUGGCGACGUGCGAGAUAUGAAGUCUCAGAUCCCAGAUGACUCGGUUGAUGUGGCGUUCGACAAGGGGACUCUGGAUGCUAUGAUCUCGGGGAGUCCUUGGGAUCCACCGAAGGUUGUCAGGGAGAAUGUUGGGCGGUAUCUUGAUGAGGUCGCCCGAGUCCUUCGACCAGGAGGCGUCUUUCUCUACGUUACAUUUCGCCAACCACAUUUCAUGAGACCGCUCCUCACGCGCGAGCAGACUUGGAGUUUGCAUUUGGAAGAACUUAAUGAUGAACAAGGUGGUUCGUUUGGAUAUUUCGGUUGGGUUAUGGAGAAGAAGGGGGAGAAGACGCAACACGACGACGAUAACGGCAACUGAGGAUACAUUUCAUUCCUGUGAACCUACAGUGCCUACCUCGGGAGGCUUGAGGGCAUGUGUUCUUCUGGCUGCGCUGGUGGUUUGUGUGUUUGUGGGUCAGGGUUGGUGCUGAUACGACCAGUCAAGCAGGGACAAAGUUCAUUCGGGUUAGGCCUUGCCUUGCUCGAGAAGUACCUACUGUCCCAUGUGUGGUUUAUGUAUUAUGAGUCGUGUCAGUUCAAUCCUGCACAUGGAUCAAAGUGGAAUUCGAUCCAGCACCCUGUCCAUGAGUGUGGGCAGGACAGAUGACGAGUCGGUGUGGGCUGGAUUGAACAACACAUCGGGCCAUCGACGACACUAUCAACCGGGCUGGAUGGCAAUCGCAGUCAUUUUGUCACGUUCCAACCCGGCGUCGAGACCGAGCAAGGCGAGGCACUGCCACGCCGAUAACACAUGGCCGGUCAAGCGAAUAAGUGCGCCCAGGACCAUGUUCUUACAAUGUUGGUGUUGCACGCCAUCAUUUGUUUGGCGAAGGAAUUCGGCGCAAGGCAGUACACUGUGAGGAGCAGUCUCAGAGCGGAACACAGCGCAACGCAAGCAGUAUCAGGAUCGAAAGUCAACUCCAUCGCAACCUACGUACUGUUCAACAGCCUCGGUUUCUUGUCUACCCUGAGGGUGCCUAGGAGCCGGACUGCUGCUUCCAUGGCGCUUCUGAGACGAGACAAUCUCAAUCUCACACCCUUCCCAGGGACCCAUCUUCGGCGUCCUACCCACUCUCCCAGCGAGACAAGCAAACUCGGAACUCAGGAACGAUUUGAUUGAUUUUGCUGCGGUUUGAAACCUUUGGACUGAGACAUAUCAAUGCACCGGUAAUCAAUGUCACAAGAGGCAGGAGGUGAACUGGGUUCUCGUCUACCACCGAAAGUGCAAAGUCAACUUUUAAUGCCGUAGGGACGAGACUAAAAUUGGAUUGGAUAGGAUCCAAAUGGAGUGGAACGAAUACGAGUCCAUAAACUGGCUCCCCAUGUCCAUCUGCGAGUAGAAUAUGAAAUCUAUAGAUGAACGGAUGAAUCAAUCGAUCAGUACUCACGACUA